UCCCUGCAACGCCGAGAGUCCUAAAGGAGCCAGAACUGACACGCUGCUAUGCCACAAUGCAAACAUUGCCAAAUAAGGCCACGCAAGCAGUUUAAGUAGUUGGUCGCCAUCCCCACUACAGUUCUCAUUCCGCCCGUCAUGUCUUAUCUCGCAACUUGGUCAUUACUAGCGGCGGCAUUGGCCCCAGCGGUCCUUGCGACCCCACUAUCUACCAACACUUACAAUCCUCCCAGUCGGCCGCAAUUCAAGGUUGCGCCGUUAAUGGCCUCUGACCAUCCAUACGGAACCAUCAACAACUCGUAUAUCGUCGUUCUUCGUGAUGACCUUCCUCAAGCUGUCAUGCAGAACCACCUUAACUUUCUCCAGAUGGCUCAUUCCUCUGACUUGCUCCUCGGCCACGAGUUCGCAGAGGGCGUCCGUCACAUUUACGACGGACACAUCAAAGGUUACGCCGGAGAGUUCACUGAGAACGUCAUCGAACAGGUACGGCGGAUGCCUGAGGUUGACUUCGUAGAGAAGGACCAAAUAGUGCAUACCAUGGAAAUGAGCACCCAGAAGGGUUCGCCGUGGGGUCUCGCCCGUAUUAGUCAUCGUGACAAACUCGGUUUCAGCACUUUCACCAAGUAUCUCUAUGACACGGAAGGUGGUGAUGGUGUUGACGUCUACGUCGUUGACACUGGUAUCAAUGUCGACCACUCCGAAUUCGAGGGUCGCGCUUCCUGGGGCAAGACCAUCCCGGCCAAUGACGUCGAUGAGGAUGGCAAUGGUCACGGUACCCACUGUGCUGGUACUAUUGCUUCCCGCAAGUAUGGUGUCGCCAAGAAGGCAAAUGUCAUCGCCGUCAAGGUUCUGGGUUCCAAUGGCAGUGGCACCAUGUCUGACGUUGUCUCGGGAGUUGCGUGGGCAGCUCAGUCAGCUGUGAAGAAGCUCGCAGCUGCUCGCGCUGAGUUUGCCGCUACUGGCAAGACCAAGCACAAAGGCUCAGUUGCAAACAUGAGUCUUGGUGGUGGAAAGUCUCCUGCUCUCGACCUUGCUGUUAACCGCGCGGUUGAUGCUGGUCUUCAUUUUGCCGUUGCUGCUGGUAACGACAACAAGGAUGCCUGCAAGUACUCACCUGCAGCAGCUGAGAAAGCUGUGACUGUUGGCGCCUCCACGCUUGGUGAUGAGCGUGCAUACUUCUCCAACCACGGCGAGUGUGUGGAUAUCUUCGCUCCUGGUCUUAACAUCCUGUCCACGUACAUUGGUAGCAAAACUGCUGUAGCUACCCUCUCUGGUACCUCGAUGGCCUCUCCCCAUACCGCCGGCCUCCUUGCAUACCUUUUGUCGAUUUACCCCUCCACUACGUUCAACCCUACGUUCAGCUCAACGUUCCUUCCUUCUACCCUCAACCUCGAGCGCCCUUAUGCCUCGUUCUACUCCCUAUGUCAUGCUGCCCUCCCACGCUGGAUGACCGAGUUCAUGCCAUCACCGCAGAUGUUUGUCAACGCGCCCAUUUACGGCGGUCCCGCUGAGAUAUCCCCCUUGGAGCUCAAGACCGCUCUUCGCACGCUCGCGUCGUCGGGCAUGCUUGCUGAUCUGCCCGCGAAGACGGUGAACUUGCUUAUCUUCAACAAUGCAACCGAAGCAUGAUGCAUAGAUAUAUUUCCAGUGGGUAUUCCGCUGUCAUAAUGCAUGGCCAAACACUGGGUCUGAGUGAAGUAAUGUUCACUCGACUGUCGCCAAGGGAGGAGAGUAGUCUGGGUGGUUGCCUCAGCUUCUCAAACAUGAAUAUAUAUCAUUUCAGUUAAA